GGAAGUCGGGUAGCUACUGGGUCUGUUGCAGUUCUGCUGAUAUUCACAAAUUGUCUGAUUUUAAAACUAAUUGUUUCUUCCUUUUAACUGCCGGCUCCUUUGGUGAUGAGUGUCAUUUCAGUCCAGUCUGUGAAAAUGGUGACAGCCAUCGUGUUACUGAGCGUCUUCUUAGUUUCAGGUGCUGUGGCGGUUUGUCCUGAGGAGUCAGGCCUAUUCAUUACUGCACCAAAGGAGAUGAAAGCACUGAGUGGAUCCUGUCUGCAAAUCCCAUGUAACUUUAGAGUUAAACAAGGAGAGAAAUUCAGCAGUGCAAGAACAACCUUCGGAGUGUGGAUUAAAAGUAGCAGAAAUUUUGCCAAAACACCAAACUAUGUGAUUUUCAACAGUAGCAGGAUGGAUAAUAUCUAUCCAAUGAGUCUUACUGGAGACCUGAGUCAGAAAAACUGCACCACUUUAUUUUCCAGUGUAAACACAAGUUACACAGACAAGUACUUCUUCAGAAUUGAGAACAGACCAUUCAAGGCAACAGCUAUUUGUGAUCCUCUUCAAAUAACAGUCAAAGAUUCUCCUCCGAGGCCCAGCAUUGAGAUCUCAGGUGAUCUGAAGGAGAAGCAGUCUGUCACUAUAACCUGCUCAGCUUUCACUCCCUGUCCACACUCCCCUCCUGAACUCACCUGGACUCUCCAACAAGACCCUCACAACAAAAUAGAGGAAAACACAGAUCGAACCUUCACAACUAAAAUCCAGACGACCGUCACUCUGUCAGACGAACAUGAUGGAUUCAACAUCACCUGUUCAGCCAGAUAUCCUGUAAAUGAAGGAAAAGACGUCAAGACAGCAGAGGAGAGAACAACGCUCAGUGUUUCAUGUAAGAUAAUAAAGUAUUUGUUAUUAGAUCCUGUCAGCACAUGA